AUGAAUUUAAAGUUAAAAUGUUAACAAUCUGACCAUUAGGAUGAGAUAGACACUGUUUGUUACAACUAGCUUUGUACAGAAAUCCGAUUAAAUUGCUUUAUAUGUAUGAAAAAGGGAAGAAUCCAUAAUGAUCAUUUUGAUGAUGUUGAAAAAAUCAAUAGCUUGAUUGGAUUCAUUGAAAGCAAAAAUUAAGAAUGUGAUAAAUUGAUUGAUGAUCUUCAUACAUAUCUAGACAAUCUGAAUCAAUCAUUUACAUUAUUAAAAAAGGGAAUCAGAUAAAAAUAUACAUUAUUACAAUAAAGAUUUCUAUAAUUGAACUCAGUCUAAAUAAAUGAUUAUUUGAAUUCAAGUGUCAAAUUUAUGGAAUACAAACAAUCAAUUACAAAAAUCAUUUCAGAUCAGACUAACAAAUUAAUUCACACACUUGAUAACUUAUAUAAAUAAUUAAAAUUAUCAUCAAUUAAUCAUUAUUAAAUUGAUGAAAAUUCUAUAAAAUUAUCCAAAGACUUAUAUGAUAAAGGUUAUCAUAUUAUUAAAAUUUAGGUUGUGAAUUAUAUUAGAAGGAUAAAUAUGCUGAGGCAAUAGAUAUAUUUGAUGCAUCAAUACAAUAAAAUCCAUAUGACCAUUUAUCUUUAUGGUGUAAAGGUAAAAGUACUUGUUAAAUAAUAGGUUCGUGUUUAAGAUUUUUACAGAAAUAUGAGGAUGCAAUCACUUGGGUGGACAAAGCAUUAGUUAUUGAUCCUACUCAUGUUAAUUCCUUACAUGAGAAAGGUAGAUUGAAUCAUAAUGUUAUUAAUAGGAUAAUGUUUAAGAUUAUUAAAUAAAUAUGAGGAUGCAAUCACUUUGGUGGACAAAGCAUUAGUUAUUGAUCCUAAGCAUGUUAUUUCCUUAAAUGAGAAAGGUAGAUUGAAUGAUAGUUUAUUAAUAGGUUAAUGUUUAAGAUUAUUAAAUAAAUAUGAGGAUGCAAUCACUUGGGUGGACAAAGCGUUAGUUAUUGAUCCUAAGAAUGUUAAUUCCUUACAUGAGAAAGGUAGAUUGAAUCAUAGUUUAUUAAUAGGUUAAUGUUUAAGAUUAUUAAAUAAAUAUGAGGAUGCAAUCACUUGGGUGGACAAAGCAUUAGUUAUUGAUCCUAAGCAUGUUAAUUCCUUAUAUUAGAAAGGUAGAUUGAAUCAAAAUUUAAUUAAUAGGAGUAUGUUUAAGAAAUUUACAGAAAAUUGAGGAUGCAAUCGCUUGGUUGGACAAAGCAUUACUUAUUGAUCCUAAGCAUGUUCAAUCCCUAAGCGAGAAAGGUAGAUUGAUCCAUAAUAUAUAAUAGGUGAAUGUUUAAGAUUAUUGAAAAAAUAUAAUGAAUCUUUAUAAUUUCUAAAUUAAGCACUCUCCAUAAAUCCUCAACAUACAUUUUCUCUUUAAACAAAGGGUAUCUUAUGAUCUUGUAUUUGCAGGAGAUUGUUUAAGGGAUUAAUAAAAUUACAAAGAAGCUUUGAUUUAUUAUUAGAAAUCUUUAAAAAUAGACCAAAAUGAUCAAUAUUCAAAUUACUAAAAGGGUAAUAAUAACUUAUUAAAUUAGAAUUCUGCUAAAAGAAGCUGAAUCAGUGA